AUGCCGCUGAUUUCUGGUAAUAAUUCUGAAUCAUCGAACGCAGUUAAAACCCCGUUCCGAUACCAACAACCCGACCCGUCUGACUCCACUACGACGUUGAUGAAGACUUUAAGCUCGCCGGAAUUGUUCUUGAAAUCAGCUUCUGAAGAUAAUUUCUUAGUGAAUUCUACUUACAAGGAUAAGGCCUGUAAAUCUGAUGAUGGCGACAUCACUUCGUACACCAGUCGCAGUUUCGAGUUCCGUGAAGAUCCCUCCUUCUGGAAUGACCACAAUGUUCAGGUUAUUAUUAGAACUCGUCCUUUGAGUAGUUCUGAAAUAUCACUGCAAGGGCACAAUAGAUGUGUUAGGCAAGACAGUUCCCAGUCAAUUACUUGGACAGGGCAGCCAGAAUCGCGCUUUACCUUUGACCUAGUUGCUGAUGAAAAUGUUAGCCAGGAAAUGCUAUUUAAAGUAGCUGGAGUGCCUAUGGUGGAGAAUUGUGUGGGAGGAUAUAACAGCUGUAUGUUUGCUUAUGGACAAACUGGAAGUGGAAAAACUCACACAAUGCUUGGUGACAUUGAGGGUGGCACGCGAAGACACAGUGUUAAUUGUGGAAUGACGCCUAGAGUCUUCGAAUACCUAUUCUCUAGAAUUCAAAAGGAAAAGGAAGCUCGCAGGGAGGAAAAAUUAAAAUUUACUUGUAAAUGUUCAUUCUUAGAGAUUUACAAUGAACAGAUUCUUGAUCUUUUGGACCCUUCAUCUGUCAAUUUGCAGAUCAGAGAAGACAUUAAGAAAGGCAUUUAUGUAGAAAAUCUCAAUGAGGUUGAGGUCACGAGUGCUCGGGAUGUGAUCCAGCAACUUAUUCAGGGUUCAGCAAACAGAAAGGUAGCUGCAACUAAUAUGAAUCGUGCUAGUAGUCGUUCUCAUAGCGUAUUCACAUGCAUUAUAGAAAGCAAGUGGGAAUCCCAAGGGAUAACUCAUCACCGAUUUGCUCGACUUAAUCUUGUAGAUUUAGCAGGAUCGGAAAGGCAGAAGAGCUCUGGUGCUGAAGGCGAACGUCUAAAGGAAGCUACAAACAUCAACAAGUCGCUUUCUACAUUAGGGCUUGUCAUAAUGAACCUCGUGAACAUCUCUAAUGGGAAGUCACUUCACGUUCCUUAUAGGGAUUCGAAGCUCACAUUUUUGCUUCAGGAUUCAUUGGGAGGGAAUGCCAAGACACUAAUCAUUGCAAACAUUAGCCCUUCUAUCUGCUGCUCACUGGAGACUUUAAGUACAUUGAAGUUUGCCCAACGUGCCAAAUUUAUAAAAAAUCACGCUAUUAUUAAUGAAGAUGCUUCCGGGGAUGUGCUUGCUUUGAGAAUGGAGAACCAAAAUCUCAAGAAAGAAGUAUCACGUUUGCGAAGUCUAGUCAAUGGAGGAGCUGAAGGCAAUGAUGCUGACAUUUCAUCAGUAACCUUUCCAGGAUCUCCAGGAUCCUUUAAAUGGGAAAGGCUUAAUGGAUUUUCCAGUCCGCUUAUAUCGGAUAAAAAGAUGUCACAUCUUCAGAAAAAAGAGUUUGAAGUUGCCCUUGUUGGAGCUUUCCGUAGGGAAAAGGAUAAAGAAAUUGCACUGCAGACAUUGACAGCAGAGAAUCAGGCAGCUGUGCAGCUGGCCAAACAAAGGGAAGAUGAGAUACAAGGAUUGAAGAUGAGAUUAAGAUUCCGAGAAGCGGGAAUAAAGAGACUUGAAGCUGUUGCUUCUGGAAAGAUCUCUGCUGAGACUCAUUUGCUAGAAGAGAAAGAGGAGCACUUAAAGGAAAUAGAGGUCCUACGUACUCAGGUUGACCGCAACCAAGAGGUAACAAGAUUUGCUAUGGAGAAUUUGCGGCUGAAAGAAGAGAUCAGAAGGUUAAAGUCAUUUUAUGAAGAAGGUGAACGGGAAAGAAUGAAUGAGCAGAUAGUGAUAUUACAGAACAAGUUGCUAGAAGCUCUAGAUUGGAAACUCAUGCAUGAAUCAGAUCCCCCGAGUGCUCAGGAGUCUGCAUCACCUUGGCAUAACUCGACAAAUGAGGAGAACGAGUUUCUCCAUAUGCAGGCCAUUCAGAAUGAAUCAGAACUCAAUUCACUUCGCAAGAAACUUGACUUCUGUGUUGAAGAAAAUGAAAAGUUAGAAAGGCAUGUUAAAGAAUUGGUAAAAGAGCUUGAGGCAGAGAGAAAAUCACACGAAGCCAAAGCAGAUGAAACACAGAAGGGACAAACCGAGCUUUCUUCUUUGACGAGCAAUCAAAUGCUCAAUAUUGGAGAAUGUGAACAGAUGGAAAUUAAAACUAUGGUUGAUGCAAUUGCUGCUGCCAGUCAAAGAGAAGCAGAAGCUCAUGAAAUGGCAAUUGUCUUGUCCAAAGAAAAUGAUGAACUCAAGAUGAAACUGAGGGUCUUAAUUGAGGAUAACAAUAAACUGAUUGAAUUGUAUGAAGGGGCUGUUUCAGACAACAGGAAAAAUAGUGAUGGAUCUCUAAAUCCUCAAGACGACGAAGCUAAAAAUAACAUCCAUCACUGUGAUGAAUUAGCUGAAGAGAAGGAACUGGCUAUAAAAAAUGUAGUUGAGAGUCUGGAGCAUCAACUCACGGAAAUGCAUGAAGAAAAUGAUAAGUUGUUGGGUCUUUAUGAGAAGGCCAUGCAAGAGAGGGAUGAAUUUAAAAGAGUUCUUGCUUCUGGUCAAAAGAAAAAUGAUAACAACAAAGGAGAAUUCAACUGUCCAGAAAAACUUGUUGAAAUUGAUGGAGGCCAAUGUCUCAAAUUUGAUGAAUCUCCUGGUUUUGAAGACGAUAAAUAUGAGAGGGAGGAAACAGGUUCCACUGGACCAUAUGUGCAGAACGUUGAUAGAGAGCUUGCAUUCGAGGAUCAACCUGAAUCCAGCACAGAGGUGUUAUUGAACGAAACUUGCUUGUAUGAAGUAAACGUGCAAGACGAUUAUGGCCAAUGCUUGAAUGAUUCAGAAAUAAGCAAUUAUUCUGACUCAAGUGAAGCUGGUAGGCAAUGUCUGCUAGAAGUUACAGAGAAUUUUGAGUCAAGACCUAUUGAAGAGGACAGAAUGGAAACAGACGAGUUAAUGAAACUUGAAGAAAGUAAUAUGAUGCAGAAAACUAGUUUGCUGGAACUUAAUGCAGCAGAGGUUUCCAGGACUGCUGGGUGUAACAUGGAGAUGCAGGCAAAAUCAUCGAGCACCAUUCUCGUAAAUGUUUAUAAAGAUCUAGAUUCAUUGAGAAAGAAGCUCACAGAAGCACAAGAAAAGCUUUCAGACUCUGCUCAAACAAUAAGAAUGUUUGGUUCACUUGAAAGAGCAAUCCUUGAUGUUGAUGUGCUUUCAGGAGAGAUUGAAAAACUGGAAAAAGAUAUUCAGGAAAAACAACAGUGCCAUGCAUCACUCAAGCUUCUUUCUUCACAGAUUCAGGAAAGAAGAGAUCAGCUUGACAAGAAAUUAUCAGCUCUUAAGUACUCUUUGGCAAGCUUUUCUUCUUCGGUUAGUUAUUUUGAACAACGCGAAACUUUUGCAAGUUCAAGGUUGAAUGCUUCAGAAUGUCAUCUAAACCAAAGGAAAGUGGAAUUGGCUCGUCUUCACAUCUCGAGGAAGGAAAUAAUGGAUGCUCAAUUGAAGAUUAAGCAAUCUGAAGUUGAAUCAAAAAACUGCCUGGAAGACUUGAAAUCACAAGUGGAGGAAGAAAAUCGAAGACUGGAAAGUGAAAGAGUCCUCUUUGCCAUAGAUAAUGUCGAGAAAACAGCUAUUGACCUCUCACAGAAGAAUUGGCAAUUGAGUGGAAAAGCUACAGAGUUACUGAAGUCUGAAGAAGAGAAAACAAAGCUGCAAAAUCAGAUAAAGCAGACUCGAGAAAAACUCGGGGAUUUGAAAAGGGAAGGGGAAGCUUUAAACAAGAAAUUAGGUAAGGUGGAAAGUGAUAUACAAGUCCUCGAAAUGGAGGUACACAAGGAUAUGCAGUUUGUACAAGAAAUGGACCACAAGCUUCAACAGAUAAUCCAGGAGAAAAAGAUGCUCUUGGAAAUCAAAGACGAGGGAAGAAAUAGAUUAGAGAGCAUGAUUAUCGAGUGCCAUCAGAGCAUGUUUGAAGGAGAAUUAAAAGAGGAAGAGAUGAAGAUCGUGGACGAGGAAUUGCAGAUGGAAUUGCAAAAAAUUGAAGAUUUACAGAAAGCAAAAGCAGAAGCUACAAAGAGAAAGACACAGUUAUUGGAGGCCAUGUCAUGCAGCAACUCAUGCUUUUCUGAUAAGGUAGAGGAGGAUCUUCAUAGUAUACGAAUAUCGGUUAUGGAACUGAAUUCAUUGCUUCAUGAAUAG